CGGAAGGGGAGCCCGGAGGAGGGUGCGCAGGACCGAGGCCCGGCGGGGCUGCCUGGAGGUGUCGGCCAGGCCUCGGCGGUGCGGGACUGCGCCGAGUCCCCGGGGGGCGGGCGAAGCCGCCAGGCUCCCUCGACCGAAGUUGAAGGAACAAAAUGUGAAAGGCCGGUAGAGGACUGUGAAAGAAAAGUUGUCCCCCAGGAUGGACUUCACCGCGCCGCCCAAGCCCGCCGCGGCCCUCUGUGGCGUCGUGAGUGCCGACGGGAAGAUCGCUUACCCUCCGGGGGUGAAGGAGAUCACCGACAAGAUCACCACGGACGAGAUGAUCAAGCGGCUCAAGAUGGUAGUAAAAACUUUUAUGGAUAUGGAUCAAGAUUCAGAAGAUGAAAAGCAGCAGUAUCUUCCACUAGCCUUGCAUCUUGCAUCUGAAUUUUUCCUCAGGAAUCCCAAUAAAGAUGUUCGUCUCCUUGUAGCAUGUUGUUUGGCUGAUAUCUUUAGAAUCUAUGCACCAGAAGCUCCAUAUACUUCUCAUGAUAAACUUAAGGACAUAUUUUUGUUUAUUACCAGACAAUUAAAAGGUUUGGAGGAUACAAAGAGUCCGCAGUUUAAUAGAUACUUUUAUUUGCUAGAGAAUUUGGCAUGGGUUAAGUCAUAUAACAUCUGCUUUGAAUUAGAAGAUUGCAAUGAAAUUUUUAUUCAGCUUUUUAGGACUCUCUUCUCAGUAAUCAAUAACAGCCACAAUAAGAAGGUGCAAAUGCACAUGUUAGACUUGAUGAGUUCUAUCAUCAUGGAAGGUGAUGGAGUUACUCAAGAAUUAUUGGAUUCCAUUCUUAUUAACCUCAUUCCUGCACAUAAGAAUUUAAAUAAACAGUCUUUUGAUCUUGCAAAAGUCUUGUUGAAAAGGACAGUCCAGACUAUUGAGGCAUGCAUUGCCAAUUUUUUCAACCAAGUCCUGGUGCUGGGAAGAUCAUCAGUAAGUGAUUUGUCAGAACAUGUAUUUGACCUGAUUCAGGAACUGUUCGCUAUAGAUCCUCAUCUACUGCUAUCUGUCAUGCCGCAACUUGAAUUCAAACUGAAGAGCAAUGAUGGAGAAGAGCGAUUAGCUGUUGUUCGACUUUUAGCUAAAUUAUUUGGUUCUAAAGAUUCUGAUCUAGCAACACAGAAUCGCCCUCUUUGGCAGUGUUUUCUUGGAAGAUUUAAUGACAUUCACGUUCCUGUGAGAUUAGAAAGUGUGAAAUUUGCCAGUCACUGUUUAAUGAAUCACCCAGAUUUAGCAAAGGAUCUUACAGAGUAUUUGAAGGUUAGAUCACACGAUCCAGAAGAAGCUAUUCGUCAUGAUGUCAUUGUUACUAUAAUAACAGCUGCCAAAAGAGACCUUACUUUAGUCAAUGACCAGCUACUUGGCUUUGUAAGGGAACGAACACUGGAUAAACGGUGGCGAGUUAGAAAAGAAGCUAUGAUGGGUCUGGCUCAGCUUUAUAAGAAGUACUGCCUUCAUGGUGAAGCGGGAAAAGAAGCUGCAGAGAAAGUCACCUGGAUAAAGGACAAACUUUUGCACAUUUACUAUCAGAACAGCAUCGAUGACAAGCUGUUGGUAGAGAAAAUCUUUGCCCAGUAUCUUGUUCCCCACAACCUGGAAACAGAAGAGAGAAUGAAAUGCUUGUAUUACUUAUAUGCUAGUUUGGAUCCAAAUGCUGUGAAAGCUCUCAAUGAAAUGUGGAAGUGUCAGAACAUGCUUAGAAGUCAUGUACGAGAACUAUUGGAUUUGCACAAGCAGCCUACAUCAGAGGCUAACUGUUCUGCCAUGUUUGGAAAACUGAUGACCAUAGCAAAGAAUUUACCUGACCCCGGAAAAGCACAAGAUUUCGUGAAGAAAUUUAAUCAGGUUCUCGGUGAUGAUGAGAAACUGAGGUCUCAAUUAGAGUUAUUAAUCAGCCCAACUUGUUCAUGCAAACAAGCAGAUGUUUGUGUGAGCACUACUCAACUCUGGCUUAAUGUGGUGUGGGGAACUGAACCUGUGACUUUGGACCCUCAGAGAGAAAUAGCUCGAAAACUUGCAAAUCCAAAGCAGCCAACAAAUCCUUUUCUAGAGAUGGUCAAGUUUCUGUUGGAAAGAAUUGCACCUGUUCACAUUGACUCAGAAGCCAUAAGUGCAUUGGUAAAACUGAUGAACAAAUCAAUAGAGGGGACAGCAGAUGAUGAAGAGGAGGGUGUAAGUCCAGAUACAGCUAUUCGUUCAGGACUUGAACUUCUUAAGGUUCUGUCUUUCACACAUCCUACCUCGUUCCACUCUGCAGAGACUUAUGAGUCCCUGUUACAGUGCCUCAGAAUGGAAGAUGACAAGGUAGCAGAAGCUGCAAUACAAAUUUUUAGAAAUACUGGACACAAAAUAGAAACGGACCUACCCCAGAUACGAUCGACCUUGAUUCCCAUUUUACAUCAGAAAGCAAAACGGGGUACUCCGCACCAAGCAAAACAGGCCGUUCACUGUAUACAUGCCAUAUUCACAAAUAAAGAAGUCCAACUUGCACAGAUUUUUGAGCCACUCAGUAGGAGUCUGAAUGCUGAUGUGCCAGAACAACUUAUAACUCCAUUAGUUUCACUGGGCCACAUUUCUAUGUUAGCACCAGAUCAGUUUGCUUCCCCAAUGAAAUCAGUGGUAGCAAAUUUUAUUGUAAAAGAUCUGCUAAUGAACGACAGGUCAACAGGUGAGAAGAAUGGAAAAUUGUGGUCACCAGAUGAAGAGGUUUCUCCUGAAGUACUAGCAAAGGUACAAGCAAUUAAACUUCUGGUACGGUGGCUGUUGGGUAUGAAAAACAACCAGUCUAAAUCUGCCAAUUCAACUCUUCGGUUAUUAUCAGCUAUGUUGGUUAGUGAAGGUGACCUGACAGAGCAAAAAAGAAUCAGUAAAUCUGAUAUGUCUCGCUUGCGAUUAGCUGCUGGUAGUGCCAUAAUGAAGCUUGCUCAGGAACCUUGUUACCAUGAAAUUAUAACCCCAGAACAAUUUCAGCUCUGUGCACUUGUUAUUAAUGAUGAGUGCUACCAAGUAAGGCAGAUAUUUGCUCAGAAGUUACAUAAGGCACUUGUGAAGUUACUACUCCCAUUGGAAUAUAUGGCAAUCUUUGCUUUGUGUGCCAAAGAUCCUGUGAAAGAGAGAAGAGCACAUGCACGGCAGUGUUUGCUAAAAAAUAUCAGUAUACGUAGAGAAUACAUCAAACAGAACCCUAUAACUACUGAGAAAUUACUAUCGCUGUUGCCUGAAUACGUAGUUCCGUAUAUGAUUCAUCUGCUAGCCCAUGAUCCAGAUUUUACAAGAUCACAAGAUGUUGAUCAACUUCGUGAUAUCAAAGAGUGCCUGUGGUUCAUGCUUGAAGUUUUAAUGACGAAGAAUGAAAAUAAUAGUCAUGCCUUUAUGAAGAAGAUGGCAGAGAACAUCAAAUUAACAAAAGAUGCACAGUCUCCAGAUGAAUCCAAGACAAAUGAAAAACUUUAUACAGUAUGUGAUGUCGCUCUGUGUGUUAUAAAUAGUAAAAGUGCUUUGUGCAAUGCAGAUUCACCAAAGGAUCCAGUGCUUCCUAUGAAAUUUUUUACACAACCUGAAAAGGACUUCUCUAAUGAUAAGAGUUAUAUUUCAGAAGAAACCAGAGUACUUCUCUUAACCGGAAAGCCAAAACCUACUGGAGUGCUAGGUGCAGUAAACAAGCCUUUAUCAGCAACAGGAAGGAAACCAUAUGUUAGAAGCACUGGAGCUGAGACUGGAAGCAAUAUUAAUGUAAAUUCAGAACUGAACCCUUCAGCUGGAAAUCGAACAAGGGAACAGAAUGCAGAGGCAGCUGAAACUGGAGUUAGCGAAAAUGAAGAAAACCCCGUGAGAAUUAUUUCGGUCACACCUGUGAAGAAUAUUGACCCAGUAAAGAAUAAGGAGAUUAAUUCUGAUCAGGCUACCCAAGGCAGCAUCAGCACUGACAGGGGAAAGAAGCGAACAGUAACUGCAGCUGGUACAGAGAACAUUCAAAAAAAAGCAGAUGAGAAAAUCGAUGAAUCAGGACCACCAACCCCUUCAAAACCCAGGAGAGGACGUCGACCCAAGUCUGAAACUCAGGGCAACACAACCAAAAAUGAUGAUGUAAAUAAACCCCUUAGCAAGGGAAGAAAGAGAGCUGCAGGUGGUCAGGAAAGCCCUGGGAGUUUGGAAGGAGGGAAUGCCAAAGCACCUAAACUGCAAGAUGGAGCCAAAAAGGCAGCACCAGCAGAGAGACAGAUUGACUUACAAAGGUAAAAAGAAAACUGAUUUGCAAAGGGAUAUAAUGAAGACCAAACAGAAGCAGACUUCAGCUUCUGCAUAAAGUUGGAUUUACAGUGUCCCUGAACAGAAAAUGGAGUCAACUUUAUAAUACACACUUUCUGCCUUGAAAACUGAAAGAUACUAUUCCUUUCCUUUCACACGACCCCAAGUCCUUUGGUGGAAAUGUACAGCAGAAACUCUUGAGAAGCUAAAAGCAACUCGAUUCUUACCCAAGCUCCCCUCCCCAGACUUUUCUUUUGAAAAAGUCAAUAAUUAAGCAAAUUGCUUAACACUUGGUUCCAGUUCUUGCAUAUCUGGAGUUGAAAGGCCUAAUGCACCAUUAAUGUCCAUGCUGCAGUUUUUAUUUCAAAGAAAGAAAAAGAAUAUCCUCGCACUGACACUGAGCGUUCAUCAGGUUUAGUCCCAGGCAUCUCCCCAUGUCACACGAGGAGACAUAAUAGAAGUCUACUGAAGUGAUUUGUUUAGAAAAGAGAUCAGAUUAAAUAUUUCUUUGUUUUUCCUUUUGGAAACUUUUAUGUAUAAUUCUUUCUGCCUGUCUACUUUUCUGCAAAAAUGAGAUGUACAGAUUUCAGUUCCCUGCUAUGAAAAGUGAUGUGGUGGCAAUUUUAUAAAUGUUGCUUUCUGAUUUUUAUCAGAGUGAGAAAAUAAUUAAAGUUAUUAUUGAUUUCCUAUCACUUCAUAUUGUGAUUUCCCUCCAUUUUAUCGUAAUAUAAUUUGCAAUAAAUGUACAUAUUGUUUUGUUUCAUAAAGCAUAUCACUUUAAAAUGGUCUUUACUCCCUUAAUUAUGUUGGAAUAUUUGGAAUUCUAAAGGAGUAAGGACUAUCCAUCAUUUGAUUUUAUAAUGUUUGUCACCGAUUUUUAUUAUUGAUGAUGUAAAAAAAAACUUUUUUUUUUUUUUUUUUUUACAAUAGUUGGACUUUGGCAGCUUUGUAAGGAAGAUCUGGAGAUGUUUAGGAUUGCUAUCAAUUUUCAGCAUUGUGCUAUUGGAAAACAAGUGUUCUGCUUUUGUCCACCAGUCUAGGCUCAUUUUUUUGUUUAUUUUAGAAGACAACUGUUGCAUCAAUAUAUUGUUUCUUGGCAUUGUUCAGCAUAGGUGAUGUGUACAUUUUUGUGUACACAUAAUCAUAUUUAAUUUUUUGCCUAAAAUAAAUGCUUCUAGAUGUCAGAUGGUAGUCUUUUUCAAUCUUUACCCGGUUUUAUUGUGAAGUUUUUUUUAUUGUGAAAAGGGCUAAAGUCAAAGAAUAUGAUUACAGUCAACUCUCCUUUAUCUAUAUAAAGGAGACUUUGAAUUUUGCAGUAAACUAAACUUAUAAUAAGGAAAGCCUAUUGUAAGAGCUAACUCAAAAAGCUUGAGUUUGUCCUUUCUCAUGGCCACAAUUAUAGCCUUUCUCAUUCCCCUGUUCAGGCAUUGUACGUAGUAGCCUAACGUGGGUUAGGUGAUAUUUGUACACAUUUGUAUAAGUUGAUCUUGAAAGGCAGUAGUCUACGUGAGUGAAAACAGUUAACUGUUCAAGAAGAAAACAAUUACAUGUAAAAUUUGCUGAGCGUAAAUCUCAUACAUUCAGAUAAAGAGUUGACUGUAUAUUGAUUCUGAGUGAAAGAUGGGUAAUUGUUUUAAAUACGAGACACCUUUAGGUAGCAAAUGGUGAUUAGGGAACAAUGAAUUCCAGUGAUAAAAACGCAAGUUUUUAAAGGACAGCUCAAACCCUACUCUUCUUUUUAACCUUCAUUUAUUGGCUAGAGAUAGCCAGAAGUCGAGAGGAAGGGGAAGAUAGUGAGUUGGGGGGGAGACAAAGACACCUGCAGCACUGCUUUACCACUCAAAAAACUUUUGUCCUGCUGGUGGUGGGUAUAGGCUUGAACUCUGAUCCUUGCAACGUGUGCACUCAACUAGGUGCACCACCACCUGGUCCCAAAGCCUACUCUUCUUUAUUGUCACUUAAUCUCCCUUUUGAAGGAAAGUCUGAAAUAAUGCUUCCAGUAUGCUAAAUAGUAUUUAUGUAUAAACAUCUGGAAAGUUCCCCACCCUGUCUGUGGGCAUUUUCUGUUUGGAAAGAUUAAGUUCUCUUAGCAUCAGACAACUUGCUGCUUAAGGCCACCAAUAAGCAUACCAGUAGGACUUUUUUGCUCUAAGUCCUUUAGUCAAACUGCUCAGCAUCAGCUGGUUAGAUCACCUACUGAUAAGUCAUUGAACGUAAUGUAGCAGAAACAUUUAUUUCCCUUUGAGACUGCUUAAUUUUUUUUCUUUCGUUCCUCACUGCUCCCAUUAGACUUUUUUAGAUAGAGACCGAUAGCAGGAUAGAGGGAAGACACCACAGAUCUGAAGCUUCUGCCAGUGCAGUGGUGGCCAGCCUUGAACCUGGGUGACAUGCAUGGGUUUUUGCAAGAGAAGUUACUUUAAAAGUAUUUGUUCCUCAUAUAUAAAUUACCCAAUCACAGUUUUGUGAUAUGCAAGUGUCUGGCACUAAGGGAAGGGAGAGGAGGGUGACAGGUUAAGCUGAAGGGGAGGGGCUUGUGGAAGGGAAGUCUACAAAUUUUCCCUUUGAAAACGGGGAAAGAAAAACUGCUUAGGAAUUUGGUAUUCAUAUCUCAGAGAACAACACGAAGUGCAGACUUAUAUUUGAGAAUUAAUUUUAAACCCUUUGUGUCUAGUUUGAAGCUUCUUGUAUUUGUCUAAAACUACAAGCCAGAAUUUUGUAUCUCCUUUGAUAAAAAAAAAAAAAAGUGUGGAUAAUGUAAAGUAGUUUUGCAUAUUCUUGUGCUGCACAUGGGCUGAAUUUUUAAAAAAAACAAACUUUUUUUAAGACUUGAAGCAGAACCUUGUAAUUUGUGUAAAUGACAAGUGUAAAAUCCUACCAUAAAGUGCUAAGAAAUAUGCAUUGUUUCAAAUAAAACCAAGAAAUGCAGCAUUA